AUGUUGUCAUUACCUUCAACUUCUUCGUCCAUUUCUAGAAAGAAAUAUGAUGUUUUCUUGUGUUUUAGAGGUGAAGAUACCCGCAACAACUUUACCGAUCAUCUCUAUGAUGCUCUAAGUAGGAGUGGGAUCCUCACUUUCAGGGAUGAUCCAAAGCUGGAGGCCGGUGAAGAGAUCGCGCCAGAACUCCUUAAAGCAAUUCAGCAAUCAUGGUGCUCGGUCAUCGUUUUUUCACAAACUUAUGCCUUUUCAAGUUGGUGCUUGGAGGAGCUUGCUGAGAUUGUUAAGCAAAAAAACGACAUGGGACAUAAGGUAUUUCCAAUUUUCUACAAUGUGGAUCCAUCCGAUUUAAGAAAACAGAAAGAGAAAGUUGAGGAGGCCUUUGCCAAACACGAAGAGAGAUACAAGGAAGAUAGAGACAAGAUCCAAAGGUGGCGAAAUGCUUUGACUCAAGUGGCAAACAUCAAGGGAUGGCAUUUAAAUAACAGGCAUGAAUCAGAAUUUAUUAGAGACAUUGUUAAGAAGAUAUCGGCAAAACUAUGUCAGACAUAUUCAGUUGCUCAUAGUGACUUGGUUGGAAUUACUGUACCCUUGGAGGAUUUAUAUUUGAAAAUAAACAUAGGGGAAGAUGAUGUCCACAUUAUAGGAAUUUGCGGAAUGGGUGGCAUCGGUAAAACAACACUUGUAAGAGUUGCUUAUGAUCAAAUGUCGCCUCAUUUUGAAGGUAAAAGCUUUCUUGCUGAUAUUCGAGAAGUUUCAGACAAAUGCGGACUAGUUUUUUUACAGAAACAACUUCUUUCACAGGUCUUUCAUGGUGAAUGCUUCAAUUUUUUUGAUGUCCAUGAAGGGAGUGCCAUAAUUAGCCAUAGAUUAUCUCACAAAAAGGUUCUUGUUGUUCUUGAUAAUGUUGAUAACAUGCAACACCUAAAAUGCUUGGUCGGAAGGCAUGAUUGGUUUGGAUUAGGGAGUAGAAUCAUUGUAACAACAAGAGACGAACAUUUGCUUCGAUGUUACCAAGUUGAUGAUGUGUAUAUGCCCACAACACUGAAUCCCAAAGAUGCGCUUCAACUUUUCAAUCUGAAAGCUUUCCAUAGUGAUACAAUGCCGAAAGGUGAUUUCGUUGAACUUUCUAAACAUGUCAUAAAUUAUGCUGGUGGGCUCCCUUUAGCUCUUGAAGUUUUGGGUUCCUUUUUGUGCGGUAGAGAUGCGACUCAAUGGAGAAGUGCGAUUGAAAGACUUAAAAGAGAUUCUAAUAAAGAAAUUCUCGAGAAACUUCGAAUCAGUUUUGAUGGACUGGAAGAAACGGAAAAGAAUAUAUUUCUAGAUAUAGCAUGCUUCUUCAAUGGGGAGAAGAAAGAUUUUGUAAUCAAAGUAUUGGAUGGUUGUGAGUUUUUCCCAGAUAUUGGCAUUGAUGUUCUCAUUAAAAAAUCUCUCAUAAAAGUCGAUGAACACAAAGAUUUGAGGAUGCAUAACUUGUUGCAAGACAUGGGAAGAAAAAUUGUUAAAGAAAAAUGUGUUGAUGAACCUGGAAAACGUUGCAGAUUGUGGGAGGAAAUGGACGUCCAUCAUGUCCUAACAAAAAACACAGGAAUCGAGCAAGAUGCUCAAUUUGAGCGUCGAUACCUUCUCGAAGAUGAAAAAUUUGAGAUUGCUCAAAGUACUUUGCGUAUCAAACCCUUGUUUAAGUUGACAAUGAUCAACCUCAAAGGGUCCCAAAACCUCGUCAAGACACCUGACUUCACAACAGCACCAAAACUUGAAGCUUUGAUUAUGGAAGGUUGUACCAGAUUAGUAGAUGUCCAUCCAUCAAUCGGAGUGCUUAAGAGCCUUAAACUUUUGAAUUUAAGAGACUGCAAAAGUCUUAGGAGUCUUCCAACCAAAAUUGGACUGGAAUCUCUUGAAACAUUAAUUCUUUCAAGUUGCUCAAAUCUUGUAAGAUUUCCGGAGAUUGUUGGGAAAAUGGAACAUCUAAAAACUCUUGAUUUCUCUAGUUGUUAUAAAAUUGAAUAUUUGCAAGUGAAUUUGCAGCAAGUAGAGUUUUUGGAAGAGCUUGACUUGAGUGAAACGAGCAUAACAGUGCCACCAUCUUUCAUUCUUCAAUUGAAAAAUAUUAAAUGUCUAUCUUUCAAUGGGUGCAAGGGACCAUCAAAUAAGUUACUACCAAAUUUGACUUCUCUUUUCAAGGUAACCCAAGGAAGAAGGACGAAUCCCAUGGCUCGGAUGUUGCCUUUGUUGUCAGGUUUGAGUUCUUUAGGAAAGCUAAAACUAAGAGACUGCAAUCUUUGUGAAGGAGAUAUUCCACGUGAUAUUUCUGGUCUAUCCUCUUUGUCGCUUCUUGAUCUUAGUGGUAACAAUUUCACCAGCAUACCUGCAUCUCUUUCUCGACUUUCCAAGCUUUAUUCUAUUAGAUUGUCAAAUUGUAAGAUGCUUAAAUCGUUGCCUGAGCUUCUAACAAGUAUAGGAACGGUGUGGAUAGAUGGUUGUUCUUUACUUGAAGUAGUUGCAAGUCCAUCAAAAGUUUGCAAUUUAGUGGAUUCGGGUUUCAUUCAAGCCGUUAACUGCUUCAAAUUGGCUGAGAAUAUCAAUGCAUUAACUCUGCUAAAACAACAUCUUAAGGCAUUUGCAAAUUCAAGAAAAGAGUUUGAUAUUAUUAUGCCCGGAAGUGAAAUUCCAGAAUGGUUUAGCCAACAAAAAAGUGACUCUUCAAUUCAGAUACCCCGACCUAUCGACCUUCGGAAAGAUAAUCAAUGGAUUGGAGUUGUUUGUUGCUGCAUUUUUGUCAAUAAUGAUGCUUCAUGGGAUGAUGAGUCUAUCAUGUGUGGAGCAUUUAUCAGAAAUGCUCCACAGAAGAAUAUGAAUGGCUGGACGCUGGGUAAAAUGAUUACAGAGCCCACAAUGAAAGAUCACCUUUUUCUUCGUUAUUGGUCGCGUGAUCAUUUUGAUGGACACUUUCAUUUUUAUGGACACAAUUUAUUUCCCUUGGAGGAUAAAUUUUAUUACUGUGAAACCAAUGAUUUACGGAGAACAGAUUUCUUAGAUGAAAGAUGCAAUGUGCUUGAGGUGUCUUUCAACAAUAAAUUUGGACACAGUGUUAAGGUGAAAAAGUGUGGUGUUAGAAUAGUGUAUGAGAAAGAUUUGGAAGAAAUCAGAGAGUUGCAGUGCCAUACCACUCAAUCUUCUCCAAAUUUUGAACACAUCCACCACCACUUUGCACACAACGAUAGAUCAGUAGGUAGCACUUCUGACAUAAAAUGA